AAAUAAAUACUUAAACAAAGAAACAAACAAAACGCCGGUGUAAAAAAUGGCCCAGCCAAAUGUACCAAAAGUCCCGGACGCUGUCAACGCUGAGGCGGAACAGCUGCAGCAGGAUCCAAGGCAUGCGGCGUUGACGUCAGAUAUGCCAAAUAUGCGGGUGCUACGUCAUCGUCGCAGCAUCUCACAGCUGAUGGCCAGCAUGGUUGAAUAUCCGACGGAUGAUGCCUACAGACCGAGUAAUUAUGGCGGCUAUAUCAAUCGCGGCUAUGACUAUGAUUUAGAUAGUUCCUACUACUUUCCACAAUACUCGGACAUGUCGGAAGCCAGAAAUAGUGGGCCACUGCCGCCCUACACACCCGAACAGCAGCUCGAUCCCGUUGCGGAUACGGUUGUGGAUGGGCAUGGGAAUAGGGAUGGGAAUGGGGAUGGGGAUGCGGAUGAGGAGGAGAACUACGAUGAGAUUGAUGCCGAACACCAUGAUGAUGGCGAUGAUGUGUUCAAGGACUGCACAGAUGAGAACAUCGCCGAGGAAGAGGAGACAGCACACAAUAGUCGCUGCCUGCCCGAAUUUCAGUUCUCAAUUGUCGAAUCGGAAUACGACGAAACGCUGGCGUUUCCCGAUUCCGUCACCAUAUUGUCAACGGGCGGCGAUGAGCCCCGAUUUGUGGAGCGCAAGGAGACCGACGAUGAUGACGAGGAGUUCGAUGAUGAGAACAGUGUCCAGAUGCGCCAAGAUGUGCCCUUCACCAGCAUCUAUGGGCCCAGCGUCAAAUUCAAUUCGUUUCAGCGAAAAGUCUUCAUUCCGGGCAGGGAGAUUCAUGUGCGCAUCGUGGACACGGAGAGGAGUGUGACCACCCAUCUAUUGAAUCCCAAUUUAUACACCAUUGAGCUGACCCAUGGCCCCUUCAAGUGGACGAUCAAGAAGCGCUACAAACACUUCAAUUCACUGCACCAGCAGCUGAGCUACUUUCGCACCAAGCUGAAGCUGCCCUUUCCGAGUCGAGCGUUGAAGGAGAAGCGCACCACGUUGAAGGCUUCGGCCAGUCAAAUGGCCGAUGAGUCUACGCUCAAGGAUCUGUCCGCCCACACCAAAGUCAAGCAGUCCAGCACACCAGCGACCAAUACUAACAACAAUAAUAAUAACAAUAAUAAUAAUACGAAUGGUGCUGUGGUUGGUCCGAGUGCUGCGGCGAGGAUCUUAAGUCCUGCACAUGGCUCGAUCCUGUCGAGUCUGACCUUUCGACGCAGCCAAAGGAAACGCAAGAAAAAGAAACGAAAACUGCCGCGAUUCCCAAAUCGGCCAGACAGUCUCAUCACUGUGGAGCAUUUACCUGUGAGGAUCAAGCAGCUGGAGGACUAUCUGUACAAUCUGCUCAACAUUAGCCUAUAUCGCAAUCAUCAUGAUACGCUCGACUUUGUGGAGGUGUCCAGUGUGUCCUUUGUCUCUGGUCUGGGCAUCAAGGGCAAGGAGGGCGAGAUAUUGAAGCGAACGGGAUCGACACGACCCGGCCAGGCUGGUUGCAACUUCUUUGGUUGCUUUCAGCGCAAUUGUUGUGUGCGUUGCAACUACUUCUGCUCGGAUGUUGUGUGUGGCACAUGGCGGAAUCGUUGGUUCUUCGUUAAGGAGACCUGCUUCGGCUAUGUGCGGCCAACAGAUGGCAGCAUACGCUCGGUGAUACUGUUCGAUCAGGGCUUCGAUGUGUCCACGGGCAUCUAUCAGACGGGCAUGCGAAAGGGCCUCCAAGUGCUGACCAACAAUCGACACAUCGUACUCAAGUGCUGGACAAAGCGCAAGUGCAAAGAGUGGAUGCAACAUCUGAAGCGCAUUGCUAACAGCUAUGCUCGUGAUUUCACUUGCCCCAAUCCGCAUAUGUCGUAUGCCCCGAUGCGUGCCAAUACUCAGGCCGUGUGGUAUGUGGAUGGGGCACAGUAUAUGGCUGCUGUGGCCGAUGGCCUCGAGGCAGCCACCGAGGAGAUCUACAUUGCCGACUGGUGGCUCAGUCCAGAGAUCUACAUGAAGCGCCCAGCAUUGAAUGGCGACUACUGGCGACUGGACAAGAUUCUGUUGCGCAAAGCCCAACAGGGCAUUAAGGUGUUUGUGCUGCUCUACAAGGAGGUCGAAAUGGCACUGGGCAUCAAUAGCUACUACAGCAAGUCCACGCUGGCCAAGCACGCCAACAUCAAGGUCAUGCGUCAUCCGGAUCAUGCUCGAGGUGGCAUUCUGCUGUGGGCACAUCACGAGAAGAUCGUUGUGAUCGAUCAGACUUAUGCAUUUACGGGCGGCAUAGAUCUGUGCUAUGGUCGCUGGGAUGAUCGAGCGCAUCGCCUGACCGAUUUGGGCAGCAUCUCGACCACCUCCGUGUCGGGGAGUACGCGACGCACGCCGACCAUCCAGUUCAACCGAGAUGACGAGGAUUCGGCGUUCGGUUCACGCAAAUCCUCACGCAAUGCCAACUACGAAACGUUGCCCAAGGAGCCAAAGGAAUCGCGUUCCCGGCCAGAGAGUGGGGAAUCCAAUGCAAUCGAAUUGCGUACGCUGAAGCCGGGAGAUCGUCUGCUGAUCCCCGAGCUGCUGUCGGCGGCAUCGAGUGAGCUCAACAUAGCAGAUUCCACAGCGCUGGAGGGCAUGAAACUGAACACACCCGAAAUGGAACGCAAGAACAUGUUGGAUCGUUUCAAGGAUAAUGCCAUGAAGGGCGCACGCAAGGGCAAGGAUUUUAUGCAGCGAUUAACCUACGACAGUUCAGCGAUGGACAAGGGCAGUGAUCAGGAGCAGCAGCAGGAGACGCAAGAAGAGAAGGCAACGCAAGCUGGAGCAAUCUAUAGCAUUGACACCACGGAUGGCACAGCGGCUUCAGCACAUGCCCAACUGCACAUGGAUGCUGCCACAUGUUCGAGUACGAGUGGGGCAGCAGCAGUAGCAGCGGGUGCAAAUGCCACAGCUACCAGCACCCAAAUCCAAAGUGAAUUCUAUGGCCAGGCAAAGUAUUGGUUCGGCAAGGACUAUUCCAAUUUUAUACUCAAGGAUUGGAUGAACCUCAAUGCGCCGUUUGUGGACAUCAUUGAUCGGACGACGACGCCGCGAAUGCCGUGGCAUGAUGUCGGCAUCUGUGUGGUGGGUGCCUCCGCACGAGAUGCGGCCAGGCAUUUCAUACAGCGCUGGAAUGCCAUGAAGCUGGAGAAGUUGCGGGAUAAUGUCAAAUAUCCGUAUCUGAUGCCUAAGAGCUAUGAGCACAUCCGACUCAAUGCGCACUUGCAACAGGUGCAACAGCGACGGCAGCAGCGUGUCACGUGUCAACUGUUGCGCAGCGUCUCCGCCUGGAGUUGUGGCUUCAUCGAACCGGAUCUGGUCGAGCAGAGCAUCCACGAUGCCUACAUUGUCACCAUAACGAAGGCCCAACAUUAUGUCUACAUCGAGAAUCAGUUCUUUAUCACCAUGCAGCUGGGCAUGAAUGUCUCGGGUGCCCACAACAAUGUGCGCAAUCAAAUCGGGGAAACUCUCUACAAACGCAUCGUGCGUGCGCACAAGGAACGCAAGCGUUUUCGUGUUUAUGUGAUAAUGCCGCUAUUGCCGGGCUUCGAGGGCGAUGUCGGCGGCAAUACGGGCAUUGCUGUGCGUGCGAUAACCCAUUGGAAUUAUGCAUCCAUUUCCAGAGGACGCACUGCGAUUUUGACCCGGCUUCAGGAGGCUGGCAUUGCCAAGCCGGAGAAUUAUAUAUCGUUUCACAGUCUGCGCAAUCAUUCGUAUCUGAACAAUACACCGAUUACGGAGCUGAUCUAUGUGCAUUCCAAGCUGCUAAUUGCCGACGAUCGAGUUGUCAUCUGUGGAUCGGCGAACAUUAACGAUCGCUCAAUGAUCGGCAAACGGGAUUCGGAAAUAGCAGCGAUUAUCAUGGAUGAGGAGUACGAAGAUGGACGCAUGAAUGGCAAGAAGUAUCCGAGCGGCAUCUUUGCCGGCAGACUGCGCAAAUAUCUAUUCAAAGAGCAUUUGGGUUUACUGGAUUUGGAUGCUGCCACAUCGCACUCUGAUAUCAAUAUAAGUGAUCCUGUCUGUGAUCAGUUCUGGCACAACACCUGGCGUCGCAUCUCAUCGAAAAACACGGAGAUUUACGAUGAGGUAUUCAAAUGCAUUCCAACGGAUUUUGUGAGGACAUUCGCCAGUCUGCGCAAAUAUCAGGAGGAGCCACCGUUGUCCAAAACUGAACCCGAAACGGCCGCCAAGCGUGCCACAGAAAUUCAGGGACAUCUGGUGAAUCUGCCGCUGGAGUUCCUCAAUAAGGAGGUGCUAACGCCGCCCAAUACCAGCAAGGAGGGCCUCAUACCUACCUCUGUAUGGACAUAGUCUGCCAAAAGUCUUCAAGACGCCAUUAGAUACAGUUAGAGUUAGUUUUGGUAACUGUUUAGGUUUACUUUCUCUAUAUAUAGUAAAGUAUAUUAUUAUGUUUAUGUUUAUGUUUAUGCAACCCACCAAAAUGCGCUUAAGUUUCUCAAGUUGCUGUUUGUUGCCAAGUCACAUUAGGUUUGAAAAUUGUGUAAUUGUAAAUAUUUGUUUUUCUUCCCUUACAACUAGUUAAUUUAUUCUUUUAUGGUACAUCGACGUUCCCCUAUUAAAUUUAAGAUUUUUAUAUUGUUAGUUCUUAUAAUGUUUAAACAGUAUUCUAGACAAACUAAAGCGCAAUUCUAUUUUUUUUAAUAAGUUCAUUAAAGUGAUGGAAAGUACGAAAUACAAUGUAUCUUAGUUUCUAUUAUAAUGUAAUUAAUUAAUUAAUAAUAAUAAUAUAUCGUAAGGGUAAGGAAAAUCCCCAACAAAUA